AUCCCUGGUAACUUAUCUAUUUAUUCCUCCAGAUCGACGAUACUUUCAUUCGAUUGCGCAGACAGAGAGACAGAGAGAGAGAGAGAUGACGCUUGUGUGCGUGCCGCUGGUGGCGAAGACGGUGGAGCAGAUGGUGGCGGAGAUGGCCGCCGCCAGGGCUCGCGGCGCCGACCUCGUCGAGAUCCGCCUUGACCACCUCGCCGUCUUCCAUCCCCGGCGGGAUCUUCAGCUCCUCCUCAAGAACCGACCUAUUCCCGCCCUCGUCUUUUGAUAAACAAGAAUGCCUAAAACUCUACUAAGCUGAACUCUGCUGUACUCCACGCAACUUGUAUUGCUUUGAUUUUCUUUUAUAUUUCUUCUUCUUCUUUUUUCCUUUGGUUUAUCGAAAUAUAAUCCGUUUUUCGUUUUUGUUGAUGGAAAUUGGAGUGGUUGGGGAAUAAAUUACGGGACCUUUUUUGCAUAUUUAAAUUCUACGAGGGAAGCAGCUUAAACCAGCUCAAGGAGGAUGCAACAGGAAGCAUUGACCUAAGAUAGUUCACUCCCUCGCCUGUCUAGUACGCUUUAGUUUCAGUUAAAUAGAUCAACAACAAAGGCUACAUAAUCACAUCCGAUUUUCAAUAUACUUCGACUAUUGCAUCAACCUUCAUCUAUACCUGUCAUGUAUCCAAAUGCCAGAUAUCCAUCAGUGAGUUGCAACUUGCCAAAAGUGGUCUUUUUUUAUUUUUGAGGCUUUUUAUAAACUUAUCUUUAACUGUUUCACAUCCUUCGGUCAAUCUUCUUCUAAGCUUAUCUUUAACUGUUCCAUCUCUUUUCAUCAUUCUUUUCUUAUUCAUUUGUAACUUCUAACAUCUUCCUUGUAGGCCAAAGUGGGAAGGAGGUGAAUAUGAAGGUGAUGAUAGCCGGCGGUUCAAUGCACUGUGCUUAGCUAUGGAAUUAGGAGCUGAAUACAUUGAUAUCGAGCUUAAGGUUGCUGGUGAUUUUGUUAGAUUCAUAUCAGGAAAAAGGCCAGAGAACUUUAAGCUUAUUGUAUCUUCGCAUAACUAUCAAAGCACACCAUCAAGGGACGUGCUUGGCAGCCUUGUAGCAAGAAUACAAGCUGUUGGGGCUGACAUAGUAAAGAUUGCAACAACUGCUUUGGAUAUUGUUGAUGUAACACACAUGUUCCAAAUAAUUGUGCAUUGCCAAGAUCAUGGCACCAAAGGAACAGUCACACGAUGAUGCAUGGGUUCAUGCCCGAAAGCUAGAUGGAAACCGUCAUCAUUGGCAAUGUAUUUAUUGUGACUACAUUGGUAAAGGUGGAGGAAUAACUCGAGUAAAAAUGCAUUUGGCUGGUGGGUAUCCUGACGUUGCAAAAUGCAAGAAGGUUCCAACGGAGAUCCGUAAAUUAUUUCAAAGCAAGAUGAAACAAGCAAAGGAAGAUGCAUUAAAAAAGAAGGCAAGAGUUGAGGAAGAAUAUCAUAGGGCUACACAGGAACCAGUUUAUGAUCAGUAUGAGGGUUGCGGCGAUGAAGUCGACCCGGAUCUCACAGCUGGGAUUCGUGCAUCAUUGGAGCAUCAGCAUACGGUCGAUGAAGCAAUGAGGCAUCGACGACCUGACUCACAAUUAGAGCAUGGUAGUGGUAGUGGAAUCCAGAGGUCAACCAGCAUGAGGCAACCAACUGCUCCUUCUCAGUUAGGCCGAACUAGUAGCAUGAGGUAUGGUGGACUCCGUGGUUUUAUGAGAGGUCUUGGCAGGAGGUCCGCACCAGAUAUUGUUGAUAUUGAUCCGCAAGCCUAUCCCCCAUAAACAGCGAAACAGACACGGAUUGACGAUGCAUAUACAAAAGAAAAAAAACGGGAUAUUGGGAAGGCAAUCUCAAAAUGGUUCAACUUUCAUAGGAUUCCAGCCAACACAGCCCAAGGUCCAUAUUAUCAGAGCAUGAUCUCCUCUAUUCAAAAGUUUGGCACGGGGAUCCAACCUCCAACACCGAAGGAGAUUCACGGCGUGUACUUAGAUGAGGAGGUGGCAGAACUAAAGGAUUGGAUCAAAUCCUUCAAGAGGCAAUGGGAUGAAUAUGGGGUGACAUUGAUGUGUGACAGUUGGACAGGACCAACAAGAAUGAGUAUCAUCAACUUUCUUGUUUAUUGCAAUAGAAGAGUGGUGUUUCAUAAGUCCGUUAAUGUUUCUGAAAAGAUCCAAGAUGCAAACUACAUUGAGAGCUUGAUGGACACUAUGGUAGAGGAGAUUGGACCACAGUAUGUUGUCCAAAUAAUAACCGACAAUGGAGCGAAUUUCAAAAAAGCCGGUUUGCAAUUGAUGGAAAAAAGAAAAACUUUGUUUUGGACUCCAUGUGCAGCUCAUUGCAUAGAUCUAAUGCUAAAGGAUAUAGCAGAAAUCAUAAAAGGUGUGGAACCACUUUAUAUUGUCCUCCGUAAGGUCGAUAUGGACAAGCGUCCACAAAUGCCGUAUCUUAAAUAUAUGCUGAUUUCAGCAAGAGAGGAGGUCAGGAAAGCAUUCAAAGAUGAUUUUAAGGCCGACCAAUACGUACGAAUCAUUGAUCGUCGGACCGAAGUUCAUAUGGAUCAAGAUAUCCAUAAUGCAGCGUAUUAUCUAAACCCGGCAAUUCAAUAUCGAUAUGCUCUCGGAACGCAAAAUAAUUUCCUAACGACACUACGAAAUGUUAUAUAUCGACUCUUGCCAAACACUACCGAGGCAGCCGAUGCUCUUAUGGAGGGUCGAUUAUUUCGAGAAACAGUUGGUUCAUUCUCCGACGUUGUAGCUAUAUCAUGCCGUUACACUAUGGAUCCUGUCGAGUGGUGGUUACAAUUUGGAGGCGAUGCACCACAUUUAAGGAAGGUUGCCGUUCGUGUACUUUCACAGACAACAACAUCUAGUGGUUGCGAACGUAAUUGGUCAACGUUUGCGUUAAUUCAUACGAAAGUCCGCAACAGACUCUCCUACAGACGGUUAGAGAAACUAGUAUAUGUCCAUUAUAAUAUGCGGCUAAAAUUGCGAUGUGCUGAGUUGGAUAAGGAGCCAGAGGAACCAGAUAUUGAUCCCAUUGACCUCCAAUUCUACAACGAAGAUUCAGAGCCAAUGUUAGAUUGGGUUGAAGCAGCAGAGAACCAAGAGGAUCCUCUACUUGAUGAGGCGGGAGAUCCUCAGCGUCCUUCACGUUUUAUCACCGAGGCAAUAGAAGAAGAAGAAGCACAACCCCAACAGGUAGAAAAUCCCCCUCGAUUACAACAUGGUAUGAGUCAAACUGCUCGAGGAACUACCGAUACCCAACGGUCACACUCGUCCGCCCAACGUGCAAAGGCAAAGGGGAAGGCAAUAGCAUCAGUUGCAUCGUUGGAAAGAAUCGAGUCGGGCGACGAGACACCUUCACAAUCACAUUCUCUUUCUCGUUCGGUCCAGAGACAUGACAGCAACAUGGACAGCAGUGCCUCAACAGAUGAUAGCGGUGAUACCGGGCAGUCGUUGGUCUCGUCUGCACAACUUGAGGGUGGUGAAUGGACUGAGGAGCAAUAUUUUACACAUGCCACUCAAGAUUCAGAUCAUGGAACUCGACAAGGUACUGGUCAAGUUUAUGCGCGGAAGGGAAAGGAGAAGGGGAAGGGGAAGGCAGUGGAUGAAUAUGAACAGAUGCGACAGAGCAUACAUGAUAUAGACACAGAAAGAGACUCAUCGUAUUCACAGCCAUCGUAUUAUGAAGAAUCAUAUGGGCAACAACAGUAUGGUGAUAGUUGGUCAUCCUUCUCUGAGCAACAGCAUGAUACAGAACAACACCAAUAUAUGCCUCAAGAGCUGCCUCGGACAAAUAUGAUUUAUGACGAUCAAUCUACGAUCAGUACCACAUUGAUGCAUCAAUGGCAUACGGUGUAUCAAUACACUAUGUCAUGGGAUCAAUUUCAUGAUUGGGUCCAACAAACGUAUCAUAUUGAUAUGUAUCGGAUCGAGGACCCCGAUCCACCACCCGUGGAGGCUCGUCGUUCGUUUUGGUGGUAGAAUUAACAAUCAGAUAUUUCAAUCUAUAACGAGCUGAAAUACGAACCUCGAACAAUACUACCUCAAAGCCCGAAAAAGAUAUGUGAUGCUAUUUUUAUCUAAUUUACAUUGAUUUUGCUAAACUUAUACUAUUACUAUAUUUAUUUGUAACUUGAAAACUCUAUCCUAACUUUUUUUUUAAUUUUCAGGUAUUUUCGGAGGGAUAAAUCGGUGAAAUUAAGUGUACCGAGCGGUACACCUCGGUAUACCGCUCGGUACGCCGUACCGUACCGUACCGAGCCGGCGUCGAAACGUCGGUACGGUACGGUUCGGCGAACCUUGGUUUUAACCACCAAAGGUUUAGUAGUGAUCAGUGAUUAGUAAUGGUUAUGUGGAACUAUUAUUAUGUGACAUGCUUCCUGGACAAUCCCAUUUCCUGCACUUGUUAGGACAACGAUUUUGUGCUUUUGCACUUAAAUCCAUCAUGCUUAUUUGA